AAAACCUUGAAUACAAACAACAAUAACAACAUCAACAGUACUACUACCUCUGCAUCUUCUAAUCCUGCAGAGACUGCAGCCGGAGGAAGUGCUGCGACAGGAGGAACAGUAGCUUCUCGGCACAGCUCAGCAAAUAGUAGUAGUGUGAAUUCAUCGCCUAAGGCAUUGUCUCUCAACAACUGUGACCAUUCAAACACAAACACAAAUAGCAAUAGCAGCAAUAUUUCAUCCUGCCUAACCCAAAUUGUGGAUACCGACUCGCACCAAGAUGAACUGCUUAUAAAGAAGACCACAAACAUCGUUAAGGAAGAAAACGGCGCAAAGUUAACGACGACUUCAGCUCAGCAAAUGUCGACAAUGGAAAAAGUCAGUCUAAACUCAGGUGGUGCUGGUGGUACCACAACUAGCUCGGAUCUAACAACAGCAGCAGCGGAAACCAAAUUGGAUCUGUAACUACUGUGAAAGAAGAACCUUCCGAUAUUAUUGGCAGCUUGGUCCAUAUGAAAAA